AACUUUAAACUUCCAAUUGAGCUUAACAAUUGAUGAUGUUUUCUUCUUCUCCUUCUUCCUCUUCUCCCACUUUUACUCCUCCUUUCUCUCAGGUUCCAAGAACCCUUUUGAUCCCACCAAGAAAUCAGCCGCUACCGUGGAAGCUUCCUCCUACAAUUCCCCAAUCAACUCCUCAGCAAAGCAUUUUCACUCCUGCCAGUUUUCUUCCCUGCGCUUUGAGCAGAAACCUCCAUAAAUGCUUCGUGCAGAGACAGUCCCAAUCCAAUGAAGAAAAGGAACAGGAGCGAGAUGAUCAAGAACUCGAAAUUGAGCGGCUAUUCUCGAACCUCAACCAAGCAACUUUGAAAAGGGAACCUGGAAGCUUAUCCAGUGCAAUUUUCCUGGUUGCAGGCACCACGGUGGGAGCUGGAAUCCUUGCAAUUCCUGCUGUAACACAAGAGUCAGGCUUUUUAGCCUCUGCUGUCGUAUGCAUCCUCUGUUGGCUAUUCAUGGUUGUGACAGGUUUGCUCAUCGCCGAAGUUAAUGUCAAUACCAUGUGUGAACUAGGUUCUGGUGGUGUGUCGCUGUUAAUUUCAGGUAUCAAUGGCCAGGAGAACUUUAGGGACAGCAGGAGUUCAAAUUGCAUGUUGGUCAUACAUCUUCAUCCAUUAUGCCCUCCUUGUUGCAUAUGUAGCUCGUUCUUCAGAUAUAUUGACAAAUUUUCUUGGAAUUCCCUCAUGGGGAAGUGCUACUUUGUUUUCAUUGGUUUUCGGAGGCGUAUGCUUUUUUGGAAGCGCUUUAUAGGUGCAGUUAACGGGACUCUUGUCCUUGGAAUCGUUAGUUCUUUUGCAGCUCUUUUGGCAGUGGCAAGUGGGGAACUGCACUGGGAUGCUCUUCUUAAGGCCAACUUCCAAGCAGCUCCUAUGAGUAUACCUAUUAUUGCGCUUUCUUUUGUUUACCAGAAUGUGGUGCCUGUUCUUUGCUCGAAUCUUGAAGGGGACUUAUCAAAAGUAAGGAGUGCAAUUGUCCUAGGCACCGGUAUACCUCUUGCUCUCUUUCUGGUCUGGAAUGCUGUUAUCCUUGGAACUGUUGGUAAUAAUGAAGUGGGAAUGGACCCAUUAGAACAAUUGAGAUCCACAAAUGGAAUAGUUGGACCUAUAGUUGAAGCAUUCUCGCUUCUUGCAAUUGCAACAUCUUACAUCGGAUUCGUUUUGGGUUUGUCAGACUUUCUUGCAGACUUGUUGCAGUUCCCAUCUGGUCAAAACAAGCCCCUGCCAUUCGUUUUAGCUUUAGUCCCACCGCUGGUACUCUCAUCGUUGGACCCAGAAAUAUUUUUCAAAGCCUUAGACUUUGCUGGAACCUAUGGAGUGUUGGUGCUCUUUGGAAUUAUUCCAGCAGCAAUGUCCUGGUCUGAUAGGUACUCAAAUUCGAAUUCAGAUUCAUCUCCAACUGUGAAACUACCUGAGCUCGUUCCCGGAGGGAAGAUAACUCUACUUCUGGUUCUUGGAGGUGCUGGAUAUGUUGUUCUUUCUGAAUUGCUUGAGAACUUCCAGAGCCUUCAAAAGAUUUAAUUUUCUUUUUUCCAUUUUUCGACGAUAAAUGAAGUAUAUCUUACUAUAAUGUAAAGGAGUGCCUUGGAAUGAGUGGUUCCGUACAGAUUUCAUCCAUCUCU